AUGGCGGUGCUGAUGCUGCUGUGCGUGCGCUGUGGAACACAGGCUCAGGUGCUGGAUGACACGAGCACACUGCGGCUGUGUGGUCGGGCCUUGCUGCGGGCGGUGGUGUUCACGUGUGGAGGUUCCAGGUGGCGACGUCUGACAGAAGAAGAGGAGACUUUCCGAGACGGUAGCGGGGAGCCAAACGUGGUAAAGACACAAGACCAAGUGCCGGUGUUGGGUCGGUAUUGGCGGGACCAAGACCAGGCCCUGAUUGCGGCGUGCUGUCAGAUGGGCUGUCGGAGGAGAGACCUCUCCAUGCUCUGCUAG